AUGGCGGGCCCGACAGCCUCGGACGUGCCCCCGACGAUGCCGGUCAAGAUCUUCUCAGCUGGCGUGGCGGCCUGUGUGGCGGAUGUGAUCACCUUCCCGCUGGACACGGCCAAAGUUCGGCUCCAGAUCCAAGGUGAAUGCCAGACCUCCAGAGCCAUUAGGUAUAAAGGUGUCCUGGGUACAGUCACCACUCUGGCAAAAACUGAAGGGCCAAUGAAACUCUAUAGUGGGCUGCCUGCUGGUCUCCAGAGACAAAUAAGCUUUGCCUCUCUUAGGAUCGGCCUCUACGACACCGUCCUGGAGUUCUUCAGCACAGGGAAAGAAACAACAGCUAGUUUAGGAAGCAAGAUCGCAGCUGGUCUGACGACUGGAGGAGUGGCAGUAUUCAUUGGGCAACCCACAGAGGUCGUGAAGGUCAGACUUCAAGCACAGAGCCAUCUGCAUGGUCUCAAACCUCGCUACACUGGGACUUACAAUGCUUACAGAAUCAUAGCGACAACGGAAGGCCUGAAAGGCCUUUGGAAAGGGACUACUCCCAAUCUGACAAGAAAUGUCAUCAUCAAUUGUACAGAGCUAGUUACAUAUGACCUAAUGAAGGAGGCCCUUGUGAAAAAGAAACUCCUAGCAGACGACUUACCCUGCCACUUCGUGUCAGCUCUUAUCGCUGGAUUUUGCACAACAGUCCUGUCCUCGCCAGUGGAUGUGGUAAAAACCCGAUUUGUUAAUUCUCCACCAGGACAGUACACGAGUGUGCCCAACUGUGCCAUGACAAUGCUCACUAAGGAAGGACCGUUGGCUUUUCUCAAAGGAUUUGUACCUUCCUUCUUGCGACUUGGAUCCUGGAACGUCAUUAUGUUUGCGUGCUUCGAACAGCUGAAACGAGAACUGAUGAAGUCAGGGCAGACCGUGAACUGUGCCACAUAA